AUGGAAGAACACACCAUCGACUUCUUCUGCGACAACGCGCAAUGGCGGUUCUUGGCACCAGUAUUUCGCGAAAAGCAGUUUAAAUACGACUUUCACCCCAAGUGUCCAAUGCCAUAUUUGACACCAUCGCUAGACAGAAAGGCCGGCCACAAAGACAGUCACUUCAGUGUGGUAGAACAGCGGUGUAUUCAUAAAGACCAUCUGAAGAAAGGCUCGAAAACGCGCGUCUCGCUCGAUCAGAAUGGGCAUCCAUUAGUCGCCAUCAAGCAGCUCAGGAAUGUGAAUUGGAGCGAGAAAGAUUUUCAAGCUGCUGCGGAGACCGAGGCGGAUGUGCUGGAGAUGAUUCGAGACUUCAAUCACCCGCAUCUGAUAAGAGCAAUUGCCUAUUACACCAGAGGCAAAAAGCACUUUCUUGUUUUCCCAUGGGCCGACGGCGGAAACUUGCGCGAUUUCUGGGAAAGCGAGCCUCCCCGAAAGCUCGACGGAGAAUUCUUCAAGUGGGCAUUUGACCAACUCUGUGGGCUUGCCGGUGCAAUGGAAAAGCUACACUCAACUCGGAACACAUGUCGACACGGCGAUUUGAAGCCGGAGAACAUUUUGUGCUUCGAAAACACCGGCCAUACUCACCCGCGUACCCAACCAUGGCUUGUCAUUGCCGAUGUUGGCCUUGCCAAAGUGCACAACCAAGCAACCCACUUGCGGCACGAAGCAACGAGAACUGUUAGCGGAACAGUCAUGUACGAACCCCCAGAGGCUGUCUUGGCAAAGAAUGAGCCUCGUUCCAGGAGAUACGAUGUUUGGUCUCUUGGCUGUAUAUAUCUGGAGUUUCUCAUCUGGAUUUUGUUCGGCAAAGACCAACUUACGCGGUUUGGUAACGACAUCACCUCGGCCAUUGACGGAAAUCGCAAGUUCUUCGAGAUCAACACUGGGACGGCCGUAAUCAAGCCUGCUGUCCAGAAGUGGAUUGACUCUAUCAGAACAGACAGACGCGUCGAGGGGAACACGGCGGUAAUGCGUCUUUUGGAUCUCAUUUGCAACAGACUUCUCGUCGUGGCGGUAGGUAAUGUCAAUGCAUCCUCUUCUGGAAGCGGCACUCAGACUCCAGACGUCCUUCUCGAGGCUAACGGCCCUGGGCCCGGAAUCAUUCAGCAGAAUGACAGCGAGCUGCCUAGUGAGAUUGAGGCUCCCUCUUGGGAUCUUUCCGAUGCCCUGGACCUAACGGUGAAGCUGGACGAUCCGGAUCAAACAUUCGAUAAGCCCUUGAAGUGCAUUGUGUUGGCAAGAGCCAAAGAUUCGGAGGAUGAGAAGCAACAGUUGUGUUACGUUCUUCUCAUAAGCGGUGUUUCUGACAGUGGGGCCGAAGAUGUCUACGAACGAGUUGGGGCAGGCAAGCUUCGAGGCGAACAGAUUGAUUUCAGCAAGGGCAGCAGAAACAUCAUUCUCAGAUGA